AUGGUGCUGUGCAGUCCGCUCCUUGGAGCCCUGCUCACCGUCAUUGUGGGCUGCCUGUGUCUGCUCAAGCUGCUCAGGCACCGUGGGCCCCGGGAGCCACCUCUGGACAAAGGUCUCGUGCCCUGGCUGGGCCACGCCGUAGCUUUCCGGAAGAAUAUGUAUGAAUUCUUGAAGGGGAUGCGGGCCAAGCACGGAGAUGUGUUCACGGUGCAGCUCGGAGGCCAGUACAUCACCUUUGUCAUGGACCCCCUGUCCUUUGGCCCCAUUGUUAAGGACACACAGAGAGCACUAGACUUCCUAGAGUUUGCACAGGAACUGGUGCUGAAGGUGUUUGGAUACCGGUCCAUGGAUGGGGACCACCGGAUGCUACACUCAGCCAGUACUAAGCAUCUGAUGGGACAAGGCUUGGAGGACCUCAACAAGGCCAUGCUGGACUGUCUGUCCUUGGUGAUGCUAGGGCCCAAAGGCCCGAGUCUGGAUGCCUGCUCCUGGCACGAAGAUGGCCUUUUUCGCUUCUGCUAUAGCGUCCUGUUCAAGGCUGGCUUCCUGAGCUUGUUUGGCUGCACGAAGGACAAGGCGCAGGAUCUGCUUGAGUCCGAGGAGCUGUUCACCAAGUUCCGCAGGUUUGACUUGCUUUUCCCCAGGUUUGUCUACUCCCUGCUGGGGCCACGGGAGCGGGUAGAAGUGGGCCAACUCCAGCGUCUUUUCCACAAGAAACUCUCUGUGGAACAAAACCUGGAGAAAGACGGCAUAAGUAACUGGUUAGGCUGCAUGCUUCAGUUUUUGAGGGAGCAGGGAGUAGAUUCAUCCAUGCAGGACAAAUUCAACUUCAUGAUGCUCUGGGCCUCCCAGGGGAACACGGGGCCAGCCUGUUUCUGGGCCCUCGUGUUCUUGCUGAAGCAUCAGGACGCCAUGAAGGCCGUACAAGAGGAAGCCACCCAGGUCCUGGGUGAGUGCAGGUUAGAAGGCAGAAAGUCCUUUGCCUUCACACUGAGUGCCCUGAAGCACAUGCCAGUGCUGGACAGUGUGAUGGAGGAGACCCUGCGGCUGGGCGCUUCCCCCACCCUCCUUAGGAUGGUGCAGAAGGAUUACGUCCUAAAGAUGGACAGUGGGCAAGAGUACCAGAUCCGCCAAGGAGAUAAGGUGGCUCUCUUCCCCUACCUCUCGGUGCACAUGGACCCCGACAUCCACCCCGAGCCCACAGUCUUCAAGUACAAUCGCUUCCUCAACCCUGACGGCACCCGGAAAGUGGACUUCUACAAGUCAGGCAAGAAGAUCCACCAUUACAACAUGCCGUGGGGCUCAGGCGUCUCCAUCUGCCCUGGCAGGUUCUUUGCCCUCAGCGAGAUGAAGCUCUUUGUCCUACUAAUGGUUAUGUACUUUGACUUUGAGCUGGUGGACCCCGACGUGCCUGUGCCCCCUUUACACCCCAGGCGCUGGGGCUUCGGCACCUCACAGCCCAGCUAUGAGGUGCGAUUCCGCUACCGCCUGAAGUCCACGCAUGCAGUGAGCUCAUGA